CUUUUGAGAGGUCGCUACAAUCGCCCGGCUUAAGGGCUCGAAUAGUUUUGUGUGGAGUCGGUUAAAGUGAAAAGGAAACAAAAUGAGUAUUUGGUUGUUGUUUAUGUUUGUGAUUUAUGUUGCUGGUCAGACUCCCUCACCAUCAACGUAUAUAACGUCAACUGAUCGUACAAGGUUGGGAGGAAUCUUUUCUGCUCAGUGGCCAUUUGCUGAUUUAUCUGUAGCAUAUUAUUCAAUUUUAGGUCACACACUUCUUUCACAGAAAUUUCCUAAUGUUCAGGAAACAUGUAAUCUUGUAAAAUCCAAAUUGGAUUCAAAAAAUUUAGAAUCUGUGUACCAUGCUACAGGAAUAAACAAACUACUAGAUUGCAAGUUACCUGCAGCAGGAUUACAUCAGAUAUUAGAAGCAGCAAUUAAAGAUGAUGCAUCAGUACACGAUCUAUAUUUUUCAGUUUUAUCAUUGAAAAAUCUUGCUUUAGCAGUUGAUUCAAAUAAAGUGACUAAAGCAUUGACAUCGGCUUUAAAGAAAGAUGAUAGUGUAUUAAACUUAGGAUAUGCUUUCCACAUUGCUUCACAAUUACAAGGAGAUUUAACUCCUUUUUUUGAAAGAAUUGAAGAUGCUAUUGUUCAAGCAGAUGAAGUAGAUGGAAAAUAUUUACAAUUUGAAGGAGGCCUGACAAUAACUGCAACUAUAAUAAGUGGAGCAUACAGACUUGCAGAAGCUGCUAAGAAAGCACCAGCUAUUUCUAAUGACCAAGCAAUCAAAUUUACAAAUUAUUUCCUGAGCAGGAAGUUUGUACAAACUGUUAAAGGUGCAGCUUUAUUAUUAGAUAUGCUGAAAAUCUUAACAGAAAAUAAAUUCCAUAUUCCUGUGGCUGUGACUGUUGCUAGCAAUAGAGCACUAUCAUCUCAGAAUCCUAAUGUACAGGUUCAGGUUACAAAUGUAUUGGGUGCCUCUCUAGGUGCAUUGCAUGUCGUGGCUGAUGCGGCCACUCGUCUGGAGGAUAAUGCUGUCAUCAUGAGUAAAACGCCAUUCACGCCUGUAAAAGGAGACACCACCCAUUAUGUCUUGAACUUCUUGGAGAAAAAGCCCUUACGUGGAUUUUAUAAAAUCUCUCUUAGUGCAGUGCCAAGUAAACCAGAUCAAAGACUCAUUGGAAAUGUAGGAGUAUUGAUUCAUGUUAAAGUGAUGACAGAAGUUGGAAUUGAAAAUAUAGAAAUUGGUUUGGUUGAUAGAGAUCAAACAACAGCUGCAAAAACUACAAAAGUGGAAUUUAAUAAACAGCUAGCUACAUCUCUUGAAGCAGAUUAUCAUCAAAAACUUAUCAUGAAGUUUACACUGAAAGAUAAAAUUGCUGGUGAUAUAAUGAAUGCACAUCAAGUAUUUGUCCAAUUAGAAAAUCAGAAAACUAAACAGCAAAUAGUAUUUGUAGCAGAGCCGGAUACUGCUGGAGUUUAUAAAUUUGAUUUGGAUGUUAAUGGCAAAGCCAAGGAAUUUGAUUAUGCUUCAGGAAAAUAUGAUUUAAUUUUAAUUGUUGGCGAUGCUGUCAUAGCAAAUCCUUUUGUUUGGAAAACUAGUGAAAUUAUUUUAAGCUUUCCUCCUCAUCCAAAUCCUCCUAAAGCCAAAGAGAAUCCUUAUGCUGUUAAAGCAGAAAUAAAACACAUGUUUAGAGAACAAGAAAAAACACCUCCAGCAGUGGUUUCAAAUACAUUCUGUGGAUUAUUGCUAGUUCCUUUUUUGCUACUAUUGAUAUUGUGGGGGCGAAUGGGUGUCAAUAUCUCUAACUUCCCUUUAAGCCUGAGUGCCAUAGGGUUUCAUCUAGGAUUAGCAGCAAUUUUUGGCUUAUUUACCAUGUUUUGGUUGAAGUGGAACAUGUUUACCACUUUAAAAUAUCUGUUAGCGUUGGGUGUGGUAACCUUUUUAUCGGGACAUAAUCUCCUAAGUAAACUGGCAUCAACCAGAAAAUAAAUUGCAUUUAAACAUGUUGAGUAGGAGAGUUGAUGCCUUCCAGUGCAAGUUUUUGUUUGUAAAACAUCACAUUCCAGCAACUUUUGUGUCAUAUUUGAGUUGUUGUUAUAUCACCCAGCAGAGAAAUGUCAUUUUGAAUUUUCUAUACUGAUGAUUAAGUUGUUUCAAAUAAAAAAAAAACAGAAAAAUA